ACUGCCGCGGUGCCGCCCCCGACGUCCACCGCGCUCUCGACCCGGUCCACCAUCAAGCGGGGGCUGUCCUUCAACGACGCCUCGCUGACGAAGGACUUCACCAGCUCACAAGUCUCGUUCGCGUACGACUGGGACUCGACGUUCCAGGGCGACCUCCCCGCGGGCGUCACGUUCUUCCCGAUGCUCUUCAGCGCCGCGCCCGAGCACAGCACGCAGUGGGCCGCGAACGCGAACGCUGCGAUCGCCAAGGGCAGCACGCACCUGCUCUUCAUCAACGAGCCAGACCUGUCCUCGCAGGGGAACACGAGCCCGCAGGACGCAGCGACGCAGUGGAUGCAGUUCAUGCAGCCGUUCGCGGGCAAAGCGACGCUCGUCUCGCCCGCGAUCACCAACGGGGCGCCGCCCGCGAUGGGCACGGGCUGGAUGGACGACUUCCUCGCCGCGUGCGACAAGCUCGGGUGCCAGGUCGACGCGAUCGCGGCGCACAUCUACGACUCCGCCACGAACGUCGCGUACUACCAGUCGUACAUCACCGACCUGGGGACGCGCUACAAGCGCCCCGUGCUCAUCACCGAGUUCGGCGCGACGGGUUCGGUCGAGCAGCAGCAGCAGUUCUUGCAGACGAUGGUGCCGUUCUUGGACGGGCUGGAGAGCGUGUCGCACUAUGCGUGGUUCAUGACCGCUGCCGGCAACCUGGUGAACGCGGACGCGACCCUGAGCCCGCUCGGGACCACGUACGUGUCCUCGUAA